CAUUCAGCGUAGCAGUUGCAGUGAUGGAAGUGAUGUAUGCGUGUCGUUGCUGCCUGCGGCGUGCUCCGGACAAGGACCUGACGACGCCGUACACACAUCUCGGCAUAACGGAGAUAUACGCCGACAUGAUCAAAGGGUGCUUUGACAUAAAUCUGGUGGUGGGCGGCACGGGCUCGUGCGGCAUCUGCUCUAUGUGCGUGGGCCGCCUGCGAGACGCGAGCGACUUCAAGCUGCAAGUGCAGCGCAGCCAGGCGGAGCUGCAGGCGCGCACGCAGGGAGCGAGCGUCAAGGGUAGGGAAACACUGCCCAUCAAACGAGUAGUGAAUUGUAGUAAUUCCGUUGGAGCUCUUUACAGAAGUCUACUGAAAAGCUAUGUUACGAUCAUAAUUGAUUUGCAAUCUAGAUGGUGGCACCAUACACCCUCCUGCUAA